CUCGAACACAAUACCCGCAGCGUGCGCUGCACCAUGGCUUUGCAAAGCUUUUGCGCGAGGGUGCGCCCCAGACGAGCCCUUCUGGGGCGAUGUUUGCCGAGUCUUACUCAGGCCACCGGACGAAGUCUACACCUCUCCAGACGAACCUGUAAGGAGUGGUCUAUCGAUGAGCUCAUUAACUGCAACGAGGAGUGGCGACAGAAGAUGAUGGAGAGCGAUCCAAGCUUCUUCGAUCGCACCGCCAAGACUCAGAAGCCUAGAUAUUUGUGGAUAGGUUGUAGCGACAGCCGUGUGGCGCCGGGGACCAUUUGCGGCCUUCCGCCCGGAACGCUUUUUGUUCACAGGAACAUUGCGAAUUUGGUGAACAACGUGGAUACAUCUGCUAUGAGUGUCAUUCAGUAUGCCGUUGGCAUCUUGCAGGUUCAACACAUCGUGCUCUGCGGACACUACGACUGUGGCGGGAUCAGCGCAGCGGUGCGGAAUGAUGACCAUCCGUCGCCCCUGGCGAACUGGUUGCGCAACAUUCGGGACGUGUACCGUAUGCACCGAGAAGAGCUCAGUGCCAUUCAGGACCAGGAUGUGCGUGCGCGGAGAUUAGUGGAGAUCAAUGUCAUUGAGCAGGCCAUCAACCUCUACAAGACGCGCAUCGUACAACAGCGACGAAUUGAGACCUAUCAAAAGCUGGAGGAGUAUGGUUUCGUUCAGCCCAAGAUCCAUCCCUGUGUUUAUGACCCAGCCACUGGGAAGCUUGUGAGAUUGGAUGUUGAGAUGCAAGAUUACUUGGACGAGUUGAAAGAGAUCUACAAUCUGUAUAGCGUUGCCAACUUGGAUGAUGAGGAUGCUGCUGGCUGGGAAGGCAUGGGACCAUCUGUGGUGCUACCUUGAGCGCAAGCCGAGUGAAGCGACGAGGCGACGAAAAGGUCACCGAUUUCGCCAUCCAACAAGAUGAGAGCCGA